AUGACGACCGAAGCGAUUUUUAGUGGUUGGAAAAAAAAAACGUCUGUCGUUUUUGACUUCGUAGGUUUACAAAACAAAAUUAACGAAGCAUCGAACAGGCCAAUGAGGUUGGAGUGGUCAAGCUCCGUCUGAAGGAUUCUGGGUAAAAAAAACAACAACUCCUCCACGAUAGACGGAAGUCUCUCUCUCACCAAACCAGAACAUUAUUUUAAAUUGGUUGAUUAUGCAAGUUGGUUUUACCUGUUACAGCUACUGAAAUCAUUUUUUUUCUUUUCUCAAUUCAUUUGACUGCGGCAAUGUUGGAGCACCACCUUUAGACGAGCAAAUCGACCCCAGGACGUAUUCUUUAGUUCUUGGUAUACACAUUGCUGCAAACAUGUUUUCCCGAUUCAGGAAGCCGUCUGUCAUUGAGCCUGAAAAACCAAUGGCAAUUUCAUCUCCUUAUAAUGUGAAACAAAAUUUCCACGUUGGGUUUGAUAAUGAAACCAAACUGUUUGUCGGGAUGCCACCAACAUGGCAGGCUCUCCUCAGUAAAUCUGAUAUCACGACCAAAGAACAGGAAGAAAAUCCAGAUGCUGUAAUAACAGCACUAAAAACGUUCCAGAAAUCUAUUAAGCGGAAACCAUCAGAUAUAAAGAUUAUGGUAGUGGCGUCAAACAUCAGACAGUCAGAUGAUGAGAUUGAUAAUAUUUCACCGGAUGAAUGUAAUAAAGAGGACACAGACACACAAAAGGGUAAUGAUUGUUUUGAUGGUGUCGUUGAAGAAAGGGUCAAAGAUAACAGUGAGGAAGAUGUCAUAACUCGACGGAAGAAAGAGGAUCGCACAAAGACCAUGUCUGAUGAAGAAGUUCGGAAAGCACUUGAAGCUUUAGUGAACUCGGAUAAUCCUGAGGAAAAAUAUACUCUUGGAGCUGACUUGGGUGCCGGGGCAUCUGGAGCGGUUUCUAAGGCAACUGAUAAAAGUACGGGCAACGUAGUUGCUAUAAAGAAGAUGAAUUUACAUAAUCAGCCGAAGAAGGAAUUAAUUAUUACCGAAAUUGAAGUUCUAAAAGAAGUCAGUCACCCAAAUCUUGUAAACUUUCUGGAUUGUUAUCUUGUCGGAGAAAACCUGUGGGUUGUCAUGGAAUAUCUGGACGGUGGAGCCCUCACCGAUGUCGUAAUGGAAACCGUUAUGAACGAAGGUCAAAUUGCUGCUGUGUGUCGGGAAACUCUACGAGGGCUUGAUUAUCUUCAUCAACGAAAUAUUAUUCACAGAGACAUUAAAAGCGACAAUGUCUUGCUCGGUUUGGACGGCCAAGUAAAACUCACUGAUUUCGGGUUUUGUGCUCAAUUAGCUGAAAAUAAUAGCCAACGACACACUAUGGUCGGUACCCCUUAUUGGAUGGCACCAGAAGUCGUUUCUCGGAAACCAUACGGAAACAAAGUGGAUAUCUGGAGUCUUGGAAUCAUGAUUAUUGAAAUGUUGGAGGGAGAACCCCCUUACCUCUCAGAAAGGCCUCUCAAAGCAAUCUUCAUGAUUGCUAAAUAUGGUAAACCUGAAAUCAAAAAGGAGGAUUCUUUGUCCCCAGUUUUAAAAGACUUUAUUUACAAAUGUCUUGAAGUUGAAGUAGAAACCCGAGCAUCCGCACAGGAUCUUCUCCGUCAUAAAUUUCUCUCAAAUUGUAAGCCUCUAUCCUCACUCAAACCACUCAUUCUCGCUGCACGUGAAGUUCGAGGUCUAGCAUCAAAAUAACUGAAAAAUUUCAUAAUUUUUUCAUUUUUUUAUUUACUAUUUUUUUUUCUAUUUUCUACAAAAAAUUUUUGACGUAAUGGUUUAACUUUCAUUUUUCACUGUCUUUAUGUAUUUUUCUCUCCUUGUUCUCAAUAUUUUCUUUUAAAAUAUUGACUCGGUGAGUCAGUACAUGCGCUCAAAGAGUUUACUUAUCUUGUCAUUUACUAAUUGUAGUGGUUCUCCUUUAAUUGUCAUUAAUUGUUUCAUAACUACCACACACAUACACACACCACUACCACCACCACCAUUAUCAAUUUAUUACUUUCACAAUGAUUGGCUAAAAAUGCAAUACAUUAGUUCAGUAAUGGUAUUGUUUUCAACUUUUAAUUUCUUAACCUACUCCAGUUAAAUAUUCUUACAUCUAACCAAAAUUUUGGGGUUUUUCAUUUUCUCUGACAUUAUUUACACCAGAGUUCAUCAAUUUUCCUUUCAGGAAACAAAAGGUUUUGUUUUAAACACCUCUGCUCCUCUUUCUCUCAUAAUAAUGUUAUUGGAUUGGUAGACAUGACAGACACAAAGACUAAAUUAUCUUAACUCUUUGCCUGUCCAAAGCAUUUUCAUAAGUUUGUUCUUAACGUUCAUGCUUAUUUUUAUGCUUUUAGUUUGCCCUUCUCUCAUACAUUUUGAGUAAUAUCUGAUGGUUGAAAAAAAAGGACAAUUGAGAAUGUUGAUAUUUACAUGUACAUCAUCAUUUUAACAUCCACUUUGUAAUGAUGUAAGAUAAUACUUACCAGUUGGUAAUGAUGUAAGAUGUUAAUUUUAUUUUUUUUCCAAUAAUUAAAAUUGUCUUUAAUAAUGA